AGACGACUGAGCAACUACUGUGCUGUACAUCAAUGGAACGAGGAGGAGAGCCAUUGGAAACACCUUCGAGGCAACAGAAAAGUAAAUGAAUGGUCCAAAAUGGAAAUGUGAAAGGAAAUGGAGGAUGAAUUUGUUUGUGGCUUUUCCAGAUAAACCAGGAUGAGAAGGAAGAAAACAAGGUUGACAGCCUCCUGGUUCAUUGAAAUGACGUGGAAACAACGUUGAUACAACCAGUUUGUGCCCAGUGGGUAUCACAUAUAGUAAGCCCCAGACUGACUGGACGGCUCUCAAGUUGAGAAGGUGGUUGACCAUGGAGAUGUCUGAGGACAUUGUUUAUGCCAAUGAAGACGUUAGAGGAAAACAAAGUGUUUCAGGGGACCAUUUUUAUAAUAGAGGAGACGACAUCUAUGAAGACAUUUAUGAAACUCCAGACACCAUCAAGUUUAAUGACUUCAGAAACAAGACUGAGGAUGUUACCCCAAGGAGCAGACCAGGAGCUAAACUCUCAGAGUCUGAGCAACCAGAGAAGAGACCUUUAAGAGCUGCAGCAAUGUGUCUGGGGCUGCUGAGUGUUCUCCUACUGUCUGGGAUCAUAGGACUGUACCUCUACUAUGACAGAGUAUAUAACAACUUGACUGAAGACAGGGACCAGCUACAGACUAGCUACAACAACUUGACUGAAGACAGGGACCAGUUACAGACUAGCUACAACAACUUGACUGAAGACAGGGACCAGUUACAGACUAGCUACAACAACUUGACUGAAGACAGGGACCAGCUACAGACCAGUUACAACAAUCUGAUUGCAGAGAGAGACCAGUUACAGACCAGUUACAACAAUCUGAUUGAGGAGAGAGACCAGUUACAGACCAGUUACAACAACCUGACUGAGGAGAGAGACCAGUUACCGACCAGUUACAACAAUCUGACUGAGGAGAGAGACCAGUUACAGACCAGUUACAACAACCUGACUGAGGAGAGAGACCAGUUACCGACCAGUUACAACAAUCUGACUGAGGAGAGGGACCAGUUACAAACCAGUUACAACAAUCUGACUGAGGAGAGGGACCAGUUACAAACCAGUUACAACAAUCUGACUGAGGAGAGGGACCAGUUACAAACCAGUUACAACAAUCUGACUGAGGAGAGGGACCAGUUACAAACCAGUUACAACAAUCUGACUGAGGAGAGAGACCAGUUACCGAGGACAGCUGAGAGAAGCGGCUGUCCUGUUGGGUGGAGGAAGUUUGACUGCAGCUGUUACUUCCUCUCCAUCGUGUCUAAAACCUGGGAGGAGAGCAGACAGGACUGUCUGAAUAGAGGAGGAGACCUGGUGAUCAUCCAAAGCAGAGAGGAACAGGACUACAUAAAAACGUUUAAGGUGAUGUCCUGGAUUGGUCUGACUGAUGAAGCUAGAGAGGGUCUCUGGACGUGGGUGGACAACACACAGCUAACUACAGCAGAGUACUGGCAUCCUGAUGAACCGAAUGGUGGAAGAGAAGAGAACUGUGGAAUGAUUCAGAUGAAUUAUGAUGCCUGGAAUGACACCUCGUGCUCUGCAGCGCUCCCCUGGAUAUGUGAGAAAUAUGCAUAUUGUUAGGUUCUAAAAGAACCUAGUAAAACUCACUACGAUUAGUAAAACUUUAACCAAGUUUAUUCACCCAUUGGGUCAUACAAUUGCUUAAGACAAAAACAUGGUUCCAUCCAUGGUAGUAUAUAUACACCCCAAUUUGGCUGACGUCCUCCUCUCUAAACAUAACUUCCUGCCUAGCAAAAAAUAUGUAAAGUGAUACGAGCAAUAAACUAUUACUUCUCCUUUAACAUGACCUGACCUUCACUAAUCCACAGCUCGCCACCAUUAUCAGUCACUGCAGUCAUGUAAUAUCCUCUACUCAGGACUUCCCAAAUCCCCCUGGCUCCUAUCCAACCUUCAUUGACCCAACCAUAUACAUUCCUCCUACAGAUCCCCCUUAACUUCUGGUGUAGAAACCAGAUUAUGGCACUCCUCAUGUCUCUAGCAUAACUGAUGAUUAACAAUAUUUAAAGUUUAGAAAUCCGAACCCAUCAAUAUGCUUAAGAGACGCAGCUCAUAUAAUCUAUGCAUGCAUACACGGCCUACCUGAGUGAUCUAGUUGAACCGCUCUACUCAGCAACGACACCAUGUUGUUUGGCCUGUAAUGUUGUUUGUCUGUAAACGACAGUCGUCUCUAUGAGCUCAUUCACAACGAUCAUGUCACUCUCUGUAUCAAACCUGCUGUCUCCCUUCCACCACGUCCUGCACAGUGAAGUCAUCAUUACUUAGUCUGAGCUGACCAAGGACUGUACACAGUGUGACACUUUGUUUAUACACUGCAAUUGAGAAAAGUUUGUCGACAUUGUUAAGCCAGAGAGUAGUUUAUUGUUUUAUGUUUUUAUUUUGCGUUGUCAGUUUAUUUUUUGAUUGCUGUUGAGACAACUUUUAUCACAUGUGAUUAUGUAUUUCCUGACCUGCCUUAUGAUAUACUUUAAUACUGUAGGCUGUUUUUUAGUCUUGUGUUAAUAAAAGGAAAGACUUCA